CUCCUGCAAGUCUCUCACUUCCCACAUCAUAUCCUCUUUUAUUCAUAUAAAUUAAUAUAUAAAUUCAGAAGAUUGCAAGCUGCAAACUCCUUCAACAUUUCUCACCGUGUCAGGAAUUUAUAUCAUGGGUUUUGAUGAUACAUCUAACUCGGGGCUUCGACUUGGUCUUGGUCUUGGUCCUGAGAAUUGCAUGAAGAAUGAAAGCCAGAAGAAAAAGGUGGAGAAUAAUCCAUCAAAAUGUAAUAAGGCAUACCCAUCGCUUACGCUAGGACCACCUGAUGAUGAUGAAGAAGAAGAAGAAGCAAAUAAUCAACCAUCUUCAAAGACUGAAUCUUACGAAUAUUUACGUCCCCAAGUCUCUUCUCCAAGCGCAGUGUCUUCAUUUUCUAACUCAUGUAGCAUCAAGAGGGAGCGAGAUCAGGUUUUAAAUGAAGAAUUUGAGGUAGAGACAGAGAAGGUUCCAACAACAAGGGGAGGCGAUGUUGAUGAAGAUGGUAAUCCUAGGAAGAAACUUAGGCUAACCAAAGAACAAUCCGCAGUCUUAGAGGAAAAUUUCAGAGAUCAUUCUUCUCUCAAUCCGAAGCAAAAGCAAGAAUUGGCAAGAAAGUUAAAUCUGCGGGCGAGACAAGUAGAAGUGUGGUUUCAAAACAGGAGAGCUAGGACAAAACUGAAACAAACCGAAUCGGAUUGUGAAUUACUGAAGAAGUAUUGCGAAACCCUGACAAAGGAGAACAAGAGGCUGGAAAAGGAGCUGCAAGAACUUAAAACAAUGCAAACAACGUCAGCAGUACCCUUUUAUAUGCAGAUUCCUGCAGCCACACUUACCAUAUGCACUUCCUGUGAGAGAAUUUGUGGUGGCAGUAGUGGCGGUAAUAGCAACGGUUCAUCAGCCACGACAACGUCGCUUAUAAUUGACUCAAAGGCCCAUCAUCACUUCUAUAAAAAUAACUAUCCAUUCCCCCACUCAUCAUCUGCAGCAUGCUAGUUAGUUAGGGAUGCUAAACACUAUUUUAAGUUUCUGGGAAAACUUUUUUGUUGUUUGUGGGUUGUGCGUUAGUGACCAUAAUUUGUAGUAAGUACUAAUUAAGAGUACUGUAGUUAGUUAGCUUUCCGUCAUGUAAUUAAAGAUAAUUGAUUAGUGUACAAUAUAGAUUACCACCACAUGCUCCUUAU